AUGACUGCAUUGAGUGAGGUAAAUGUGCUCGAAUGCCGGAAUAUCUCGAAUGUUCGUACAAUUACACCAUCUAAAUGGUACAACCGUACUUCAUCGAAGGUUACGGCGCAAUUUCUCAAAAAAAUUUCUAUAAUAGUUCAAUCUGGUGAAAUACACGGUAUUAUUGGAAAUGCCGGUAGCGGUAAAACGACGUUAUUGAGAAUAAUUGCCGGAAGAUAUGGUGGAAAAUUUACGGGGACAAUAACGCUUAAUCAACAACAAUUUACGCGCCAAAUGUUUGAUUCGAUUUGCGCAUUCAUAAAUUUCAAUCAAAUGCUAAUUAAAACGAUAACCAUUCGUGCUAUGCUCAAAUUUCAAGCUGCUAUGAUAAUUUGCGAUUUAAAUGAUCGAGAAAUAGAAGAAAAGAUAAAUUCACUUCUUCAAGAGUUUGAUCUUAUAGCUUAUCAUAAUGUUCUGAUCGGUGAUUUAAAUGAGGCAGCAAGAAGACGUCUGAUAUUAUGUAUGAGUCUGAUCAAUGAUCCAAUUUUAAUUAUUCUGGAUGAACCAUCAGAUGGCAUAAGUGCGCUCUGCAACUAUCAGCUAAUGUAUUCAUUGAGCUUAUAUAUCAGAAAAAUUGGAGCAAUGGUUAUAGUAGCGACACGUAUUCCACGUUCAGAUUUUUAUCAGUUAUUCAAUCGCAUUACUAUUUUAUUUUAUGGAGAGAUCAUUUAUUCCGGUACUACCAAAGAAUUACCAUUGUAUUUCUAUCAGAUGGGUUUUCCAUGUCCAAUAAACGAAAGUCCUGCAAUUUAUUAUUUAUCUCUUGCAACAACUGAUCGAGAAACAACGAAAAGAUAUCGGGAAACACAAGAACAAGCUUUAAAGUUAAUUGAUCUUUUUAAGGUACUAUAA